AUGGAGGCCAAUAACUUCAGACAGCUCUCAGGGGAUCCACAGUCAACAUCUCCAAACAACAGAUCACAAUUAUCCAGCCAAAAUGGGCUGGAGAAGUUAGGUGAGCAGGAUUCCUCCAUUCCAAACCUGACACCAGAGAAGAAGGUGAGUGGACAACUUAGUGAGGGAGCUCAGGAUCUCUCUGAAGAGUUGAAUCAACAACUGGAAGACAUCAUCAACAUGUUUGGGUCUGCUGUCAGCACUGAUGGCCAAGAAGGUUCUGUGAAGGCCCAGGAGCAAAGUGAAACUAUAGAUCCAGCUGACAAUGAAGAUGGGGACUGUGAGGAGGUCUCUGAAGAAUCAGAAAAAGAAUCCUCAGCUUCUGGAGAGCCAUUCAAGGCCAAAGAACCUGUCAGCUAUAAAGAGCAAAAACUGGAAAAGAAGAUCCUGAAAGGAUUAGGCAAAGAAGCCAACCUGCUUAUGCAAAGUCUGAACAAGUUGUCAACUCCUGAAGAAAAACUUGAUUUUUUAUUCAAGAAGUAUGCUGAAUUGCUGGAUGAACAUCGCACUGAGCAAAAGAAAUUAAAGCUUCUCCAAAAGAAACAGGUACAAAUCCAAAAAGAAAAGGACCAGUUGCAAAGUGAACACAGCAGAGCAAUCCUGGCCCGAAGCAAACUGGAGAGUCUGUGCCGGGAGCUGCAGAGACACAACAAAACGCUGAAGGAGGAAACCCUACAGCGAGCUCGUGAGGAAGAAGAGAAAAGAAAAGACAUCACUAGUCAUUUCCAAAGCACCCUGACUGAUAUCCAGGCUCAGAUUGAACAGCAGAGUGAGCGGAACAUGAGGCUGUGUCAGGAGAACACAGAACUCGCAGAGAAACUGAAGAGCAUUAUUGAUCAGUAUGAGCUCAGAGAGGAGCAUCUGGACAAAAUAUUUAAGCACAGAGAACUGCAGCAGAAGCUGGUAGACGCCAAACUCGAGCAGGCACAAGAACUGAUGAAGGAAUCAGAGGAGCGACAUGCACGUGAAAAAGAAUAUUUAUUGAACCAGGCAGCAGAAUGGAAGCUUCAGGCCCAGGUGCUGAAGGAACAAGAGACAGUCCUGCAGACUCAGCUUACUCUUUACUCUGGAAGGUUUGAAGAAUUCCAGAACACUCUGACAAAAAGCAAUGAGGUGUUCGCCACUUUCAAACAGGAAAUGGAUAAAACAACCAAGAAAAUGAAAAAGCUAGAAAAAGACACAGCCACAUGGAAAGCCCGGUUUGAGAAUUGUAACAAAGCUCUACUGGACAUGAUUGAGGAGAAAGCCUUGAGGGCUAAGGAAUAUGAGUGCUUCGUGAUGAAAAUUGGGAGGCUAGAGAAUCUCUGUCGAGCUUUACAGCAUGAGAGAAAUGAACUUUACCAAAAAAUUAGAGAAGCGAAAAUGACUGACAAGGAUGAUGAAAGCCAGCACACCUCUGAUGAAGAGCCUGAGUCGAAUGUGUCUCUGGGAGAAGUCAAUGCAGAGGAAGCCAACAGUGUUCACAACGCUGUGAAGAAUUUGACCACUGCCUUCCUGGUAAUGCACUGUUCAGAGUCCACCCUCGACCAGUCCAAAGAACUUCAAGCAGAACUGGGGAGUUCUCAAGGGAGCGGAGACAGUGCUAUCACAGAACAGCCCUCUCUGAGCCCACCCUGCCAUUCAGAAAACCCACAAUCUCCCCUAGAUCUUCAGGUUUGGGCCCAAGGAGGUAACAAAGAAGAAUCUCCCCACAAAGUCAGUAAUUCCCCGGAGGUGUUGCAAGCAGAACUCCAAGGUGAGGGUCUCUCUGAUGGAGCACCAGCCAGUCCUCAGUCCCAGAAGCCAGAGGCUGUGACUUCUGCUUCUAGUCAGGUCCCAACAGAAGCCUCCACACCAGUGAUGGAAGCAAAUGCCCUUAUUCCACUGCCACUAGUGGCAGUAGCAAAGGAGAUGCCAGCAGGGUCAUCCACGGGGCUACACCCACCCCCAGUGGCCGACUCCAAUCUGGAAACAGUAGACUAA